AGAAAAUUUAAAAAUAAUGAAUGUUUCAAAAUGUAGUUACUGUUAGAAAGUGCCUGACGACAUAUUAAUGUUGACAUGCAAUCAUGAUCUUUGUUUGGAUUGUGCUGCCAAAUCUUUUUCAAAUCAGCAAGCAAAAAAGCACAAAAAAGUAUACUAGUUUGAAAAUAAUUAUAAAGUUUUUUGUAUGUGACAUCUGCUAGGUGAACACAGAAUUAGAUUCUAAUAGCAUUUAUGAAUUAGAGAAAAUACAUCUAGCAUCUGCAUUGCAUGAUCGAUCUAAUAGAAAACCUGCUCUUGUAUAAAAAGUGAAUAUAAAUUCUGAGAAAUAAGUGAAAUCAAAAUCCUAAACUCGAUAAGAUAAUAAGGAGAACCAAAAAGAAAAGACAAUUAAAUUUGCAAUUUAGAAUCCAGAAGCAAAAUCAUCAGUUCAUUAAUCAUAGCGUCAAAUGAGCAAACAAUAAAGUGAAAAUUCAUUCAUCCAACACUCACGAGAGCAAUGUCUUGAGCAUCCUGAAGAGGAGGUUUCCUAUUUUUGCUUUGAUUGUAAUAGUAAAUGUAUAUGUCCUGAAUGUAUUAUUCAUGGAAUCCAUAAGAACCAUGAAGUUAAAACAAUCAAGAAGUCAUAUCCAUAGGUUAGAAAGUAAUUGGAAAAUUAAAUUGAAUAAAAUCACUAAUAUUUGACCUAGAUUGAGAACUACAGAUAAGAUUUAGAAAAAAAGCAAGUUCAAUAAUCUGCAAUUUAAGAACACAUGAGACUUCAAAUAGCCUAAGAAUUUCAAGUAAUGUUUUUGAAAUAUAAUUAGGUUUUACAUCAAUUAUUGAAUAACAAGUAAACUGAAUUAUUAGAUAAAAUUGGCAAUCUUCCUUCAAUAAUAGAUUAAUAAGAAAAUUAUGUUAACAGAUUGAGUGAUACUCAUUUGAAACUUUAAAACUUAAACGAUAAGAUUUAUCAGAUAAUUGAUUAAAAGAGUGAAGUAGAGUUACUCAACUAUUUUGGACAUUUAUAGAAUUAGACUACUCCCCAAAUUCCACCAUCUCCUAAUGUUAAGGUAUUUCAACUAUCAAACUUAAUUUUCUAAUAAAUCAAUGAUGCCAAGAAAAUUAUUAG